UACGAGUCGACGCCAUUUCGUGUCCACUGGUUUCAAGGUGAUACAAACAGCCCUGCAGAGCCGUAAGCGGAUCUUUACCUACUCAAGUAAAAACAGCGUUGACUUUUACUCAUUUUUAGUAUUAAGCUCCUGCCUUGGCCCCAAGUGUGUCCUCUGGACGUGUCCUUGAGCAGAAGUCACCCUGGGCUCCUGUUCUGCAGCCAGACCUUUACUCCCCCCCCGACUGGAUAGUUUCUGUUCACACUGCUGAAGUCCUUUCAACACCCCUGAGACAGAUGUCCCCUCCUGUACUGAAUCAUUAAUGGUUUUAAGUUUUGAAAGUAAAAAUCGAAUGGCCGCCAUCUUGACUGGCCGUAGAACUGGAGGGAAACCAGCAGCAGACGAUGCUGAUAAACAGACUCACACAGGCAGGCAGGCCUCCACCGACCCGAGUACAGACACAAUGGAUUGGUCGUCAUCCUCCUCCUCCAGCCUGAUGGCCAGCAGCAACGUGACCAACAAGACUGACCCUCGCUCCCUCAACUCCCGCGUCUUCAUCGGCAACCUCAACACCCUGUUGGUCACCAAGGCCGACGUGGAGGCCAUCUUCUCCAAGUACGGCAAGAUCGUUGGCUGCUCCGUGCACAAGGGCUACGCCUUCGUCCAAUACUCCAAUGAGAGGAACGCCCGGGCCGCCGUGGCCGGGGAGGACGGCCGCAUGAUCGUGGGACAGGUGCUAGACAUCAACCUGGCAGGCGAACCGAAACCUCACAGAUCAAAGACAGUGAAGCGUUCAGCGGGAGACAUGUACAGUUCCUCUAUUGAUUUGGACUAUGACUUUCAAAGAGAUUACUAUGACAGGAUGUACUCCUACCAGUCGCGGGUGCCUCCCCCCCCUCCUCCUCUGUCCCGAGCCGUCAUUCCCUCGAAACGUCCGAGGGUCAGCCUCAGCGGAGGAGGGAGCAGGCGAAACAAAACCAGCUUCUCCUCCUCCAAGAGCAGCCAGAGGACGUCCCGUACGAUGAAGGCAGAUGACCUGCAGACCAUCAAGAGGGAGCUCACGCAAAUCAAACACAAGGUGGACUACCUGCUCGAGAGCCUCGAGCGCAUGGAAAAGGACCACAGCAAGAAGUCAGAGAUGAAAAGCUCCAAAACAGAACCAGGUGAGGUCUCCUCCCUCAACUCCUCCACCUCCAGCAAGAAGGACGACGGCCUGAAACGGGACAGAGAGAGCCAGGAGCUGAACGACUCGGAGGAGGAGGGAGAUCUGCUGGAGGACGAAGACGAGAUGAAAAGCAGAGGCAGAGAGGAGGAUGAGGAGGAGGAGGAAGAGGAGGAGGACGGUGAGCAGGAGGAAGGAGAGGAUGACGGCGACAGCGCCAAUGGAGACGACUCCUAAACACUACACACACACACACACACACACACACACACAUACACAAAACAGAUUGUGUAUGAUUGUAUCUCCACGCCAGACUUGUACGCAGUGGUUGUGUGUUCAUAUCUGCUGAACUGACUGGAAAGUUUUAUUAUGGAUAUUUGUUCUCUCGCUUUCUCUCUCUCUCUCUCUCUCUCUCUCACACACACACACGUUGAUUCAUAAAUACAUCAAGUAGUUUCUAAAUUUUCUUCAAGUUGUUAAUUUAAUGUUCUGAUUUUUUUUUUUGAUUUUUUUUUUUUUUUUCCAGCAUUGGAUAAAUGCAAACUCCAACAUUCAGACAAAACCACAAGUUCAGUGGAUGACAAAUGUAAUAUUAUAUUACAUUAUAUUAUUAUAAUAUUGUAUGUUACCUCAGAGCUAUAAGCCAAUCCAAUUUAAAAAGUUUUAGUUUUUUUUUUAGAAUACUGUGCUGAAUUGAUUCCUAAAACCCGAACAGAUUUCCACCUGGCUGUGGCUGAAUCAAACUGAAACAAAUCUGGAGUAAACAUAAUAUAGUGUUGAGACAAAAUACCGCACAUGGUACUUGUAUAAAAUGUACAAAUUUUAAAAUGUAAUCCUGAACCAGGUGCUGUACAACUGCCUUCUGACCAGCAGGGGGCAGCGUAUCAUAAGAACUGACCACACAAAAGACCACAGGGACUUGAUUUCUGUUGAAAACCUUCACGUUCUGCUCGUCAGAAACCAACAUGAGCAUGUACAAAAGCUCACGUCGGACUGCGCAAAUGCUCAGACGAAACCCUCCUGGCUCUGAACGUACUUUGGUUUGCUGCUGAGGUGUUGCGCCUUAACUGACCUUGACGUGUGUGAUGCAGUGCUACUCCAUGUUUGUCCCUUUCUGUUGAUGUUUUGUUAUGUCGUGCAGCUGCACUGAUUAAAGCAAAUAAACAUCUUUUCCAAGCUA